AUGGAAGAACUAAAGGAAAAUAUAACUGAGUAUUUUAUUUCCUUUAUCCUCAGCAAAGUCCCUGAAGAAAGCGAUUUCACAAAAGACCAAAGAAAACAGUUCGCUAGAAAAAUAAUCCACGAGAAACCCUCACAAAAAAUAAUCCUUGACGCUCUUCUUAAGAUGUACCCAAUUGUAACAAAUCAUAUCAUACAAGAAAAAAGAAAACAAACUGCUGAAAACAGUCCAGAUAGCAGCAAUUAUAAGCCAGACUCCGUAUUUAUCACCAAAGGAAUGCCUCCUACCCAGUAUGAAAGUUUUAUCAAUAACUACACACAAAUUCAGCACCAAGUAAAAAAUCUCGCAGAAAUGCUCGACAAAGACGCACAAAUAAAUUCAAUAAUUUCGGAUACUCCAGAAAUAUUUUAAAAAAAUAACUAAAAAAGCUUAAUUUUACUGAAAAAGCUAUUUAAGAGAGUCGCCAUAAUUUCUGACAAAGAAAUCAAAGAAAAAAUUGACGCUACAGUCGUCAAACGUUUUCAGAGCGAAAAACUUGUCGGACUUUUAACCGAAAUGGGAGGCUACGAGCCAGAAUUUUUCCUAGAUAUUCGCGAUAUAAGCCACGAUACGUGGAAUAAACAUGUAGAAGUAGAAAGGCUGCUUAAAGAAGAAAUGAUGAUCUAUGAAAGAAAAUAUAAUCAAAUGGACUCGAAAUAUUUCUAUAAGCUUAUGUGAAUGAAAGAAAGAGCAGGGCUGAAAAUUCAAAAAUUAGAAAAAUAUAUCGAAAAUACCUGAACGAAAAAUAGAGAAGAAGUGGACAGGAUAAAAAUGACGCUCCAAGACGAGUAUUCGAUACAAUACGAAAAUUACAUAAAAGAAGAAGCAUUAUUGGCAAAUGCUGAAAAAGAAGAACCCAUCACCGAUUUCCCAUCAGCUUUAAAGAAAAUUAAGCAGUUGCUAGCUGCAAGGAAAAUUUUGGAAAAAAAAUUGGUGCAGGCUGAUAAAAUUAUUAAAGGACUAGAUAAUAAGAUAAGGAUUGUGAUGGAAAAAAAUCGAGAUCUUAAUGAGAAGUUCACCGGAAUGAGGUUUAAUAAUGAAAAAUUAAUUGAGUCAUUUUUAUGGCUCGUUGACAAGUCAAGACUAUUAGACCUGCAUAGAGAAAAAUCUAGGGAAUUAGUUGCCACUGCAAAAUUUGAAAAAUUAGCAUCAAAAUUAACAAAAGGAAAAUUCCCUGAAAGCACGACCCAAGAAAUUAUUUUAAAAAAAUUUUAUGACAUAAAAGAAUCUUUGACGAUAGUCUCAUUGACUACUACUGACGCUAUGACAAAACAGAGGGUUGGAAAACUGCUAGGAGAAUUAAAUGUUGAUGAAAUUUUACAAGACUCUGAAAAGAAAAGCUAUGAUGCCGCUAUGGCCCAGCUGCAACUAAUUCAGGCUGCAAACGAAAAGAAAAACAAAAAAAUCACAAAGAAAAAUACUAUGAAAAAGAACGUUGAAAACAAAACACCAAGAAUCGACGCAAAAGAAUCUAAAACAGAUAUUAAAGAAUCAAAAUCUGACUUAAAGCAGCCGCUUAAAUUAGACUCUCCGUCUUCAAAAUCUGACAUAAAGCCGCUAAAGACACCUAAAUCCACCACUUCAGUAGCUUCUGAAAUGAAAAAUUCAAAAAGCAAUAAAUCUUCCCCAAAAAUAUCAGCGAAAAAAAUAGAAACUGAAGAAGAAGGGUCAGAAAAAAGCUUAGACAGAGACGAAGAUUCAUUGUCCCUUGAAUACUCCUCACUUGACCUCAAAAACGUGCUUGAAAAUAUAGACGAAGAAGCUAAAAAUGAAUCAUUGGAUUUUGAUUAUGCACAAAUAUUAAGCCAAAUCGAAAAUUAUAAUAGAAAUGAGACUCCAGAGCAGGAAGAAAUAAAGGAAGAAAUAAAAGAAGUAGUAAACGAAGUAAUUGUAUACUAUUUUCUAUAAUUAAUUAUACUCUAUAAUAAAGUAUCCUAAUUCAUUAUUUUGAAAUAUACCAGAAGUUAUCAAUGAAAAACCAAUAGAAAACCAAGAUUACGCUCAAGCCAAAAAAAAUUAUAAAGCAAGUUUCCACGGCAUGAGCCACCGAAGCUCCCAAAGAGACAGUGAAGUAAACACAGACCCAAUCGGCUCUGAGUUCUCAAUAGACCAAAUUCCUCAAGAAACCCUCCAAACCCAAAUAUCAGACAACAAAAAUUUUACUCCUCGAGAGCUCGAUAACAAGCCUUCAGAGUUCACCAAUAUUCUAAAUUUCACUGACGGCCAAAACUGCUCAGAAGGAGCUAUGGACGAUCCUUCCUGCUCUUCCUGUUCUGAAGAAAGCGAAACUGAGGACUAUACAAGUACAGCUCCUGCCUCAAUUGACACAAGAUCCAGGAUGCUAGAAUCUUCCUCACAGCUCUUAGUACCCCAACAGCCCCCAAGGCUAAAAACUCCUGACGAAGUUAGAAGCUUCAAAGACAUGCUUUUCAGCCUCCUCUUAAACAAUGCAAAAUUAGGCCAAAAAUACACCUAUUCUAUCCCUUUACGAGAAUUAUUGCUUCUUGAAAUAGAUAAUGGCGUUAAGGUACAAACUUUAAUUGUAAGGCUUUUAAAGAGCUAUUUUGAGAAAAGAGAGACAAGUUUUACACAAACUGACGUGGAGUCUCAGCUAAAUGAUUUUUCUAAUGCCUAUAGCAAAAUUAUAAAAUCUCUGCUGAAAAAAUCUAAGCCAGAAAAAGUUAUAGGAGUUUACUAUAAUAAUGGUUUAUAAAUAGUAGGAAAAUAUAAAGGAAUUAUAAGAAAAAAAGCUAUAUAAAACACAGAGAAAUGAAGACUCUGCAGAUUUUGAUAAAGAAUUCUGUGUGGAGAGCUUAAAGAAAUAUAAAUCUAUAAAUAAAGAAGAAGGUUUUGAUGAAGAAUAUUAUAAGUGAGUUAAGGAGGCUACAAGUAAAACUACUGAUGCAGCGAAAAACUAUGAAAUAGAGUAUCAGAUUGAAGCCCAAAAACAAGGACUUAAAACUAUUGAUAAUGAAUCAGGGAAAAAACUAUGGGAAGGUGUCAUUAAAAGAAGGCUCGAAAAUGGCGAAAAUGAUGAAAUUUCAAUCUACUUAAGGGGACUACUAGGCACUGACAUGUAUGAGCCUCAGAAAAAUGCUGUUAUCGGGAUGUUUGAGUCUAAAAGCAUAUAUGAGCUCGCCAACACCAUCCAAAAAUUCCCAUUAAGAACAAUAAAACAUAAGCACCAUUUAGUAAUGAACAGAUGAAAAACCUUCAUGCAUGCUUGGCUUAGAAACCAUGCUGCCAGGCUUGGCUGGAAUAUGGAUAUUGGGCCUGACAAUCUUCUAGACAUAUGAUACUCAAUGGCGAUUAAUGUCAAGUAUGUGUAUAUUGGCAAAAAAGACAGCUCAAAAAAGUUCCUUGAACCAUUAAACAAUAAGGUAAACGCUGAUACUCAGCACCCUGGGUUUGAUUUUUCCACAAAAUGGGCUGUCCAUUCUUUGUCUCCGAUACCAAAGCUGCAGAACAGGCUAGUUGCGACCCAAAAAUCCAGAAUCAAAGUAUUAAGCAAAACUCCUCAGCCUGAUAGCAAAAUGAACAGAAUUGUCAAGCGAAAAUUCGCGCCAUUUCAGCCGGGGGUUGAUAUGUCGCAACUUACACUGUCUCAUGAUAGAACUCCAGGAGAUUUGGAUACUUCUAAACUCAAGCAGAAAAUAUUUAUAAGGAACCGUAUAAAAUUGCCUUAUUUAUAA